CGUCGCGACGACGCCGCCUGACGUUGGCGCUGUCUGUUGGCCGUGCGCGAAACCGCGAACAGCUGUCGUCCGUGUGGCCCGUGUCAAAUCUUGGCAGGGGGUUAGUCGAGUGUGUUGGAUCCGAAUCUCUCCGGAUUACGGUGCGCUGGCGUGUUGUCUUGAUCCAGCGAAGACAGUCCUCCUUGCGACACCCGGUAUAAGUGUGGAGGAAGCAAAAGUACGCGAAUAAAGUCGGGGAUUGCGGCGCACGUGGAAAGAGGAGAGAGAGAGGGCAACGGAGAGAAAGAGCAGACAGCGGUGGAUCUUGAAAAUAAUCAAAGGGAGAACCGCGUGUGCGAUGUAAAGAUACCAAAUGUCAUCAGAUCAAAAAGAGAGAUAAUUAUCAUCAUUGUCAAGAAAAUGUUGAUAUUUCGCCUAUCAUCCAACCAAAUAUAUUAAUAUCUCGAAUCUCCCGUGAAAAAAGGAUUUCACGAAAAGCUUCGAACAGUCCUCCCCUUGAAUCCGCCCCUGGCGGAAAAGGCGGCUAUUGCGAGGGAGAGCGAGAAGGGGGAGGAGAGGGUACCGAAACGAGGAACGGGAGGAACGGAGGGGAAGUCGACACGAGAGGGAGAGAGACGGGGCGUCCGAGCCGUGGUCGCGUAUCGAUCGACCAGCAGCAAAACUACCCCCUAGCAGGAGACUUCGCAGUGUGCGAGGGACCGAUCACGUACGAGAGUAGUCCGGUGGUGCUCUCGCUCGGUGCUCGUUGGCCCACGCGGAUACCCCUCACGUUCCUCACCGCACGCAGACACACACGCACAUCCGUCCGCUCCACCGUCGUCCUCCACGCCGGGUUAUUUAGGGGUGCACUUUAGGGGUGCAUCCGGUUCGCCGAAGGGCCGAACGGCGGGCAAAGUCAGAGACAAUUUGCGCGUGAUUCAAGGAAGCAACGACACGACAGCACCAUGGCGUUCGCCGGGCUCAAGAAGCAGAUCAACAAGGCGAAUCAGUACAUGACGGAAAAGAUGGGCGGAGCAGAGGGAACAAAGCUUGACGUUGAUUUUGUGGAUAUGGAGAGGAAAACAGACGUCACGUAUGAGCUCGUGGAGGAGCUGCAGAUGAAAACGAAGGAGUUCCUUCAGCCGAAUCCAACGGCGAGGGCGAAGAUGGCAGCGGUCAAGGGCAUCAGCAAGCUCAGCGGUCAGGCAAAGGCCUCCACCUACCCUCAGCCGGAAGGUGUACUCGGCGAUUGCAUGUUAAUGUACGGCAAGAAAAUGGGCGAGGACAGCAUUUUCGCCCAGGCUCUCAUUGAAAUGGGCGAGGCCAUGAAGCAGAUGGCGGACGUGAAAUAUUCGUUGGAUGAUAACAUCAAGCAGAACUUCCUCGAGCCGCUACACCAUCUGCAAACCAAGGAUCUCAAAGAAGUGAUGCACCACCGGAAGAAACUGCAAGGCCGUAGGUUGGACUUUGAUUGCAAGCGAAGACGCCAGGCGAAAGCGACUGGGAAGAGGUCCAUCAGUCCGCAUUUCGGAAGCCCAGCGCGGUCGAGCACCUCGUCGCCGUAUGUUGACGACGAGAUUCGUCAGGCCGAGGAGAAGUUCGCGGAGAGCCUUCAUCUGGCGCAGAUGGGCAUGUUCAAUUUGCUGGAGAACGAUAUCGAACAAGUCGCUCAAUUGGCAACCUUUAGCGAGGCUCUUCUCGAAUACCAUCAACAGUGUACUGAGAUACUUAAAGGGUUGACGGAGACGCUUUUCGAAAAGAAAGAUGAGGCGAUGAACCGACCAAAGCUGGAAUUUGUGCCGAAGACAUUGGCAGAUUUGCACGUGGAAGGUGGAUUGUCGGACCACAUGAACGGUGGGAACUUCUCCCUUCACGGGGCAAGUCAAGCCGGCUCUCCGAUUCAUGCGGACGGGAAACGCUCGCAGCUCGAGCUAUUUCCGGCCGGAAACCCGCCACAAUCUACCAAUGCUUCACCCUUGCCCUCACCGAGCAAAUCGCCCGCGAGGACGCCGAUAACACAGCCGAGAACGCCAUGCUGCACAGCCCUAUACGACUUCGAACCCGAAAAUCCCGGUGAACUUGGAUUCAAGGAAAACGACACGAUCACCUUGACUCAGAAAAUCGACGAGAAUUGGUUCGAGGGCAGCCUGGACGGCCGCACUGGUUACUUCCCUGUGACUUACGUGCAGGUCGUAGUGCCAUUACCCUAAGAGGACGCCGCGCAUCUCGAAACCAAAGACCCUGCAUAUUCGUUCACUAGCGUCUACCACUACAGGAUUAUUCUGCUCUCCAGCUAGCCUAAAACCUAGACAACCCUUCGACAAAAACUUAUCUACUAUAUCUAUCUCGAUCUUAUCUAACUUACGUUGCGGUUUCAAACUUGUGUCCAAGACGCGAUACACAAAUUUCUCUAGCAUUUUUUCCUCGCACCCCUUACACAGAGAGACCCCUUUCCGCAGAUCCCGAGAAUAGCCUCUAUUACGCAUGUUAAUGUACAUAUAUAAUGUUAUAGUGUAUUUUAUCGACGUAAGGACCUUCGCGCGCGCAGAUACAUAAACACACAUAAACAUAAAUGCGUAACCAGAAAAAAUGUGCAUAGAUACAUUAUAGACGUAUUAUAUACCUAUAUACAAAUUACACAACAAAUACAUACACAGAUGCAAAUAAUCUAUAUUAAAAUACACACACACACACACAUAUGAAAACUUAUAUAGACACACAGAACAUUUACCUACAAUAGCAGUUCACUGUCAAGGGCGGCUCUCUCUUCAUCUUCUUUUCUACAUUAUCUAUCUUCCGCCUCGUUGAGAUGCUUUCGAAUUUUCACAGAGUGCACAAAAGAAAAAGAUCGAGCGUAAUGUGAAUCAAUUAUAGCGGGGCGUCAUUUUUAUCGAUAUAUUUCUUUGAGAUUCAAUUAAUAUCAUUCCGAAAAUAUUCUAUCGUUCCGAUAAUGAGCUAAGACUAGGCAUACGUUUCUGUUGCACAUUAUGAAUUUCGGAUCAGGUGAGAUUACUCCAGUGAAUUGGACUUUCCGCUAAGACGGAUAAAAAUUUCAAACUUAGCAUUGCUCCAUUGAUGUUAAUUCUAAAAUUUUUUCUCUAUAUUAUAAAUAGGAUUUGAAGGAACAUAGUUGAAAAUGCUAAAUUAGAAUUAGAAAAUUUAAUCAAACAAUGUCGUUUAGUCUAAGAAGAUAGUUUAUACUUUUCAUGUAAAAAACAUUAAAUGGAUUAUCUAAAACAUCAGCUAGUUUUUAAAC